AUGGUCCCUGGAAGUAAACGUGGGGUGCACUUGUUUUUGACGGUAAUCUUGGUUCUCUCGAAUGUUGCAACCAGCGCAGGGGGGAGCUUCGUCGUGAAGAGGAUCAGUCAGACCAACCCUCUGACAGACGCCUCAAACUACCUCAACCUGACAUUCUCUUUGGAUCAGAACAUUUCAGCAGGAGCUUCGUUCGAAUUGUCAGGAUUGACAAAUGCGAUUGUCACAUCAACUGUCCAGUUGUUGGGGCAAGAUGCUUCUUUGUUCUGGGAUCUGAACACAGCCGCUACUGCUGUAUGGGAAUAUAAUUCCUGGACGAUGCAAUUCUUUUCAACAGAAGCCUUGACAGCUAACACUCAGUAUUCUUUCUAUUUCCUCAUCCAAAACCCUUCUUCUGCGCAGCUCAACCCUGCCAUAUACAUUUCAUGCAACGAUUCUGAAGUCAUCGGACCCGCCUUGCUAAACUCACCCAAUAGUUCUUUGUUGGGAGUUGACAACGGAGCAAAUGCUCUUCUAAUUGUGCAGCCGGAGUUCACGGCCAAACUUAUUUUGCAAAACACAACCGUUCCCAACUCUGCGAAUCUUAUCAACGUGACGAUAAGUUUUUCCUGCGACAUUACACCGAAUUCAUUUUUGACCAUCAUUGGUUUGACGGGAACACAAAGCUUUGGCCAGAUAGUUUUACAAUCGACCAAGGGCGUGUUUCAAGAGAACCCGGAGUGGUAUCAAGGAAACGGAACUUUGAUCGUCCAGUCUCUUCAAACCAUUCAAGCUUCGGAAGUAGUAUCCUUACAAUUUGUUGUUCAGAAUCCUUCAAUAGAUUCGGACUCUCCAUCUAUUUCAAUAGGCAUGACGAUAGAAAGUGGAAUCCAUGACUCUUUAAUUCCCCUUUCACUGAUGUUAAAACCACACGAGACGCUUUUUGGGAUCACGAAUGGCACAGAUCCCUUGACUGUACGGCUGCCUAUUUUCCUAACACGUUAUGCAGAACAAAGUAAUCCCAUCGCCUUGGGACUUAAUCGGAUUACAUUCGAUGUCGCGAUAAAUUAUGAGUUGUCUCCUGGUUCUGCUUUCACCAUUUCAGGCUUAAUCGGAAGUAGCACUUUGACUGCGCAAUCUUUCCCUGUUCAGAUCAUUACUCCUCAGACCUCAAUAAAUGCAUCUUGGGCUCAAGAUUCUGGAAGGUUGCUGUUGACUUUUGAGGGCACCGUGCCAUCUCAAACUCUGAUCAACUUUGAGGUUUCCCUGGAGAAUUCUUGGAUUGAGCAACCUUCACAAAGUAUCUUUAUUCAAGGUGACAUUUUAGCUACAGAUUAUGUCCUCAUCGCGCAACUUGAUCAGAUUCAAAUGGAAGUUUCCUCUAUAAAAGUUUUGGGCGUUGUUAAUGGAAGCAGCCCAAUGCGCAUUGUCAAACCCACCUUAGAUGUGAGCAAAGUACAGCAAUCCAACCCGUUGACAAGUGCAUCGAAUCGCUUAGAUGUUCAAAUAACAAGCAAUAUUGAUCUGUUGACCCCUACGACAAUCCGAAUCUUUGGAAUUGAUCAUUACGUCAUUGAAAGUACAGUCAGUGUCCAUCUCACGAGUGGACAGAGUAUUGAAGGCAUGUUUGCGAAUGGAACUUUUGAACUAUUAUUGCCUUUUGACAUUUAUUCGGGUGAUUCAUUCUCAUUUUAUUUGGAUGUGAGAAAUCCAUCCGAAGGCUUCAUCGGAUCAAAUGUUAAUAUCAGUGUCAACACUCCAAAUUGCUCGUUUCCGUUGACAGAGAUGACAUCUGAUGCUUUAGAUUCGUUCGGAAUUCCGUCGGGUGGGAAAAUUUUGUAUGUUGUUCAACCGUCCAUAUCUUACACCCUCUCCGGACAGACAACACCUUUAGCUUCAGCAUUGAACACCAUUUAUUUCAAAUUUGCCCUGAAUUGUGAAUUGACUGCUGAGUCAGUCAUCCUGAUCGAAGGUUUGACAGGAAGCACAAGCGGAGAUGAUCAAAAUCUUCCCAUUGUAUUUGAGCAAAGCGGUGCUUCCGUGGGUCAAUGGUUGAGCAAUGGCACAAUGAUUGUGACAACGAGGAACUCGUUGAACAAUUCAUCUUACGAGAUAUUCUUUAAUCUAAGCAAUCCAACAAAUACUCAAAGCUCUCCAUUGAUAACAAUACAAGUUCGAAUCGAAUCUGGACAAUAUGAUUCCUUUACACAAAAAACACUUGUUGAAAAAGAAAAAACCUCCCUGCUCAGCGUGAUAAACGGAAGCGAACCACUGAAGACAAUCGUACCUACAUUCACUAAAACAUUAAUAUCACAGGACAACCCUUUUGUGCAAACAAAAAAUAAGAUAACAAUAACCUUAACGGCAAACUGUGACAUCAGCAAGGGGUCGAAGAUAACGCUGCGCGGGCUGACGGGGUCGCAGACCAUAGACGAGACGGCGCUGAGCGUGAGCACGACGGGAGGGCUACUGGGGACGACGGGGGCGUGGACGUCAGGGGACGGGGUACUAGAGCUGACGGCGGCGGCGGACUGGCUUCGCUUCGACUUAUCGACCUCCAACGAGGCGACGGAGGUAGUGAUCACGUUCAACCUGACCAACCCGGCUACGGCGCAGGCAUCGCCGGCGGUGACGAUCAACGGGACGGUAGUAGGGCCGUACGGGGACCUGUCGCGGAUCUACGAGGCGGAGGCAGCGAAGGAGGGUAUCUACUGGCGGGGCGUGUACAACGGGUCGAACCCCUUGCAGGUGAUCGUACCGGAGCUGGACGUGAGUAUCAGGCAGGACACGCCGCUGGCGGGGGUGCUCAACCUCAUCACGGUGACGCUGAGGGCGACGUGCGACAUCAGCAAGGGGUCGAAGAUAACGCUGCGCGGGCUGACGGGGUCGCAGACCAUAGACGAGACGGCGCUGAGCGUGAGCACGACGGGAGGGCUACUGGGGACGACGGGGGCGUGGACGUCAGGGGACGGGGUACUAGAGCUGACGGCGGCGGCGGACUGGCUUCGCUUCGACUUAUCGACCUCCAACGAGGCGACGGAGGUAGUGAUCACGUUCAACCUGACCAACCCGGCUACGGCGCAGGCAUCGCCGGCGGUGACGAUCAACGGGACGGUAGUAGGGCCGUACGGGGACCUGUCGCGGAUCUACGAGGCGGAGGCAGAGAAGGAGGGUAUCUACUGGCGGGGCGUGUACAACGGGUCGAACCCCUUGGAGAUUAUUGUCCCGCUUUUUCAUGUCCGGGACAUUUGGCAGAGUACUCCUCUUCAUUCAGUUGUCAAUGAGAUUUCACUUCGUCUCCGACCAAAUUGUGACAUCUCGGAAGGUUCCAGCGUUAGCUUGAUUGGUCUGACGGGGUCUGCCAUUGAGUUUCAAGAAGGAAUUCCUGUUGUUUCCACUGAUGACGUUUUUGGGACUUCAGGAAACUGGUCGCAAGGAAUUCUUUCAAUAGUUUCUGUAAAGUCGUUCGAUCGGUUCUGUUCGUCUUCAUCAUGUGGAUUUGCACAGUUGAUGAACAGCACAAAGGUUUCGAAUGUCAAUCUUUUGGUGCAGCGUGAUAUUGAAGUUCGUUUCAAUUUGACAAAUCCAAAGAACAAUCAUGCGUCUCCUACAAUAAGUAUUGGAUUGUCGGUUAGAAACGAAUACAAGGAGCUAUCUGUUAUGUAUUUCAAUGAGAUGAACAAAGUCACAUAUGAUAUUUACGAAAUUGUCAAUGGCUCCCAUCCAUUGCUAAUACACGUUCCCUACUUGACUUUCACCAAGCUCGAACAGUCACACCCUUUCCCUGGUUCUUCCAAUUCUUUGCUGAUAGCUUUGCAAACGAGCUGUGAAUUCACGCCUUACACUACAAUUACUCUGAAGAGCAUGCUUGGCAUGUACGCGCCAAGGAAAAUAUCCCUUUAUUCUUCAACGGAUGAUACGCUGAGCGCAAUAUCGCACAUCACAACAGAUUGGACUCAAGAAAACCACACUCUGACUUUCACAGUGGGGAAUGUGAGCUUCUCGAAAUGGUAUGUGUAUACAUUCUGGUUUUACAUUGACAACACCCGAUCAUCGCAACCCCCUCCGAACAUUUCUAUUGAAGCAGAGGUGGCUUCUGUAUUUCAGGAUUUUUCCCCUGUUGAAUCAAAGCUCAUCAAUACAUCGAAUGAAUCUGUAUUCGGGAUACAUCAAGGCAAGCGACCACUUCUUGUAUUUGACGUCUCAUUCAACAUUCAAGAAGUUUCUCAAAACAAUCCCCUGUAUCAAGCUUCUAAUAUCCUUAAAGUUGUUCUCCAAAUGAACUUCGACCUGGUUCAGGAUUCGAACAUUACGAUAAGUGGUUUGGUCCGCAGUCUGACAGCAGAUGCUGCAUUGCCUGUGGUCCGUACCAGCAAUUACAAACCAAUUGAUAGCAUUAGGAACUUGUCUACAUGGCUUCAGGAGGAUGGCAUGUUAGUGUUGCAUGUCACCAAUGACGGCUUGAAAAAGGAUGAAAAUUACACAGUAGAGGUGGAACUUCGCAAUAAUGACAGAGCGCAAGAUCAUGUCUACGUAAGCAUUAAUGCAACAAUCGAGACCCACCUGAACAUUUCUGAGAAGAGGAGCGGAAUUCUAAACACCUCGCUCAUGUCGAAUGUGUUUGAAUCACGUUAUGGUGUGGUCAAUGGCUCACUUCCUCUUUAUGUGAUCAUACCUGUACUAGAGAUCGCUUUCAUUAGGCAGUUGUCCUUCCUCCCCGACAAAAACAACACCCUCAGAGUUUACUUCAGUUCCAACUGCAACAUAACACAUCUUUCAACAAUCCGUGUCUUGGGUCUAGUUGGAACGGGCAGCAAUGUAAACCACAUUGAUGUCUACGGGAAUUUCUCGCAUCAGACCGUAUCUGCAUGGAACGUUGGAGACGGGAAAUUGUCUGUCUCGGUUGGAUUGGAGGGAACACUAUCACAUCAGUUGAACAUCUUUUGGUUCAGCCUGAUACAGCCCGAUGAGGCUGCUGUAUUCCCCAAGAACCUGAGUAUGGACGUCAUGAUCGAGUGCGGCAACUUCGACUCGUACCUCACCGCAACGGUCAUGGUACAAUCGAAUUCUUCCAUCCUCGGGGUUCCGAGAGCCGGGGCUCCUCUUUACGCACUGGCUAUGAAGGCGAUCGACCCGAGGCUGAUCUAUCUUUCUCCUUACCCAGGACUAUCCAAUGUGUUUCAAGUCCAGCUCAUGUGGAACUCGGACUUACCCGCGUCCUUCACCAACAUAACGCUCUCGGGGCUUCGCAACAUGCAGACUAGGAGCAGCAACAGACUCAAGUGCGACUCUUACCCCGAGGGUGCCUUUCACCCUUACUGCGUCUUCGAGAGAGAACAUGGCCGAGUGGUCCUCCGGUUAAUCGGUCAGGGAGUGAGGCGUGAGCGACUGUACACUGUGAACUUCACACUGGUGAACCCGGUCGGCGAGGCGAAGUUCGACGAUGUCAAUGUCACGACGAGUGUAUACCUCCCACAGGUCCGUGUCCAUCAUUCCUUCCUGUCUACGGUCCACACAGAGACCACAGCAAGUGCCGGGGUCGCUACCGAGCAGUUCUGCUUGACCUCCGCCAACAUCUGCGACAUGAAUCGUGCCUUGCACUCCUGUUCGUAUGACCAGGACGCUGGAUCCAAGAUCGCUGAGUGCCUCAGGUACUGCAACGCGUCAGCUGGCGAGGUCAGCUCCAACACCAAGGACUUGAGAUCAUCUUGCUGUGGGGUGAGGUGCUACCAGGACUGUUGGAACCGAAGCCUUCAGCUCCUCAACGCUACCUCCUGUGAAGCUGGCGAGCUGUCGCCUAUCAGGAUCAGGCUGCUCCGUCACCUGCCCUCUGCUACCUUCGGCGACUUACCAGCAGAGGUAGAUCUCACUGCAAACGCGAGCAUCGCCGUCGUGCUCGCUUCGUCCUGUGUUGACAUCGACAAGCCGUGGAGGUGCCUUGGACAUCAAGGAAACCUUACCGGCAACUUGACUGCAAGGGUCGACCCCUUUGCUGGCUUCGCUGCCUUUACGGAUCUACGCAUAGAGAACGCCACGAGUGCGACCUAUCGCCUUCUCUUCUUCAGCUUCGGCCAAGGGGAUGCAGCGUCCAUCCUCAAUCAGUCCUACCCGGCAUACCUCGGCUCCACCCGUUGGCCAGUGUUUGAGAUCGAAGUUUCCUGCAGCUAG